GCUAGACUAAUUACAGCCGCCAAUCAUUAUCGAGUGAUCAUAAAACGUAUAUGCAGGUCCGAUGUGGCCGCGGGCGCUUCCAAUUGUAAUAAUGUAAGGUGAUCCCCAUAAGCCGGUACCUACUACCUACCGUCACUCCACAAACACCAUGAGUAGCCAGCUAGUACUGAAGCAGGGCAGCCGUGAUCACCUGCCUGAACUGAUCAAACGACCGGUCAGACAACCCAGAUGCUUGACACCCAUCUUUUGCAGUACAGCGCUCAUGCACACGCCCAGUGGCCUGCUUCAAAGCGUGAGUCCCGUUCAACAUUAGACCGGUCGCAUUGGGUCGAAGGUGACUGCUCUUUAGUGGGUCACUGGAACUGCGUCUCUACAUUCCUACAGUCCUGGUCAUAACAAGCCCCAAGAUCCGCCUCAGUCAAUCAGAAACGGGUAUAAAAGCGAGGCAAGUUCCAUAUCUUUUUCAGAGCCUUUUUCCAAGCAGUCCAACAUUUCAAACCUUCGCAACAGCAGCCGCUUCUCCCCAAUUGCUCGCUGCAUCACUAAGCCUUGCCAGCUGCCUUUGACCUAAACAGCUUCCAGCGACCUUCUUCGCUACUGCCGCUCUCUUUUCUGUUGAAGGCGAAUCCAUCUUCAGCCCAAAUGGCGUCCCUUGCUGCUGGAGUUGCGCUCUCUUCAGAGGGCCGGCAGACGCUCGGCAAGACCAUUAGUUCCAAGGGAAGGCGCCCACUUGACUCCAAGGCAGCCCUUCUCGUUUUCGCCCCGCUGCUGCUCUUCGCCCUCGCGGCCGCGCCCGCGGCCGCGCAGUACCCCCCCACGUGCCCCUCGUCCUCUGACGCCAGCUCCUACAAGUCGUCCGCGGAGACCGCGUUCGUGUACACGUCCGCGCCGUACGGCACGUGCGGCUCGUGCUAUCUUAACGUGUACGCGAGCGACGGCAUGACCAAGGACCAACCGGGAAAGCCCACCAAGACGACGGACGUCGACCUGUCCGUCAGCUGCUUCGACUACUGCUCCAGCGGGGGGUCUUCCGGAUUCUACGCGGGGUACUCCACGUCCGACGCCACGGGCGUCAACGUCAGCAAGAACCUGAAGUCCGCCUCCGUGACUGCGUCGCUGGACUUGGAGUACUCUUAUGGUUACGGGGGGUCUUCCGUUCCGUCCUCCACCGCUUCCGUUUCCAUCAGCGGAAACGCAAACGGACAGACCGCCUCCUCCAGCAAGUGCUCGUACGACUACUCCUACGCGACCCCGUGCGGCACGGUAUUCUCGUCUCACUCCAAGAGCAAGAGCGGCUACGAGUCGGCGUCCUUCACCGGAACCAUCACCCUGGGCGGAACGACUUACACCGUGGGGGAUCCCUCCGGCACCGGCAACGGAGGCCUCUCCAAGAACGACCAGAUUAUGAGGUCCAUGGUCAAGAACCACUAGAGAUUUGGAAGUGUGUCCGUGACGCUUAGAGAAACGGUGUGGAAAGUGUGAGGCUGUGGAGUGGGCAGAAGUGUUAAAGCAGAGAACAGCCAUCAUUUUGACUGCAAAAUUUUUGGCGGCCGCCGUCGUGGUGGGAAGAUGCAGUACCUUUUUUCGUAGGAGAGUUUGAAACAGGGUUGUUUGAGCGAAGACUCCGGCUGCAUGUUUGGAGCUGACUGACUCGGAUUUGAACCUCACCAUGUAGCUCUGUUAGGUAGACCGCAGAUAGGUGUAAUGAGAGGGGCGUAGCUCGGGUUGAGUUGAUCAACCCUGAUCUUAGACGGAACUAGUAGGCAGGUUCAAUGUCUGAGGAACACUCCUAGAGUAACCGAACUCAUUCCGCUUGUGUGAGACAGAGUACUUGUAAAGACAACUUGAAGUAGGCCGCAGAUAUGACUUCUUCAAGCUCCAAAGAGGAUAUCACAGUCUCUUCUG